AUGAGUAUUUACGAUGAUGAUGAUAAUAAUACAAGUGAAGGAGGAAUAGAUUUUGAUUCGGAUUGGUGGGAUCAAGAAAUUAAUUCAAAACCAAGAAGGGCAUCAGGCCCAGUGUUUACCUCCGAUAAUGUCUAUCAUACCAUUGAAAAAUGUAGAAAGGAUGCUGUGCACUUGUUACAGAGUGAUGAUAGAGUGAAGGAAAUUGUGGCUGGAAUUAAGAGUGGAAGAUAUGGUGGAACUAAUAUUUUAGAUGAGGGACUCAUUGUGGAAAUGUGUCACGGAACACAACGAUCAGAUAAUUCAUAUUCAGGACUCUAUGAACCAGUGAAGAGAAUUAAAAUUUGUUGUAAUAGAAAUGUGGGAAUUUAUGAAUUGAGAAGGACACUCAUUCACGAAUUGGUUCAUGCCUAUGAUUAUGCGAGAGGAUUCAAUAGAAGACAUGGCUGUAAAUUUAGAGCUUGUACAGAAGUUAGAGCAUACAUGUUGGGAGGAAGUUGUGAUUUACCAAUUGACUUGGCAAAAUUUAAUGGAGAUCGAGAGGCAUGCAUUAAACAUCAUGCUUUCAUGUCUGUAAACCCUUAUUGUGACGACGCCACAAAGGUAAUCAAUGAGGUUUACCCUCAAUGCCACAAGGAUUAUUCUCCAAUUCAAAAAGAUUCCCAUUAA